CCUGGGUCUCCUGCGCGCGCAGCAUUCUGUGGACCCGGAAGCGGAUCGCGUGGAGGGAGUGUGGCGUGGCUGCGCACCUCUGCCCCGAACUGUAGACUCCUGCGUCCAGCUGUGUCCUCCACUCUCUGCUGGGCUAACAGGCAUCUCCCUUUCGCAUGUCCAAAAGGGACAUUCUGAACUCCCCCAAAUGUGUUCCCCUUUCGUCCCCACAUAUCAGGAUUGACUGUUAAAGACUCAUCAUAUGUGAAGAAGAAGCCCAGAAGAGGAGGAAGAGGAAAGAAAAGGAGUCAGAAUGGCUCUUAGUCAGGAACACUUGACAUACAGGGAUGUGGCCAUAGAAUUCUCUCAGGAAGAGUGGAAGUGCCUGGACCCUGCUCAGAGGGCUUUAUACAGGGCCGUGAUGUUGGAGAACUACAGGAACCUGGUCUCCCUGGGAUAUUCUUUUCCUGGCCUGAAUCUUAUCUCCAUGUUGGCAACAGAGGAAAAGCCCUGGUCUGUGGAGAGCCAAGUGAAAAUAGCAAGGAAACCAAAGCAGUGGGAACGAAUGAAAGGUGUGAUCACAGAUAUCUCUCCUAAAUGUGUGAUCAAGGAAUUACUGCCAAUAGAGAACAGUAAUACAGGAAAAAAAUUCCAAACAGUAAUGUUGGAAAGCCAUGAAAGCCAUGACAUAGAAGAUUUUUACUUCAGGGAAAUGCAGAAAAAUAUACAAGACUUUGAGUUUCAAUGUAGAGAUGGUGAAAGAAAUUAUAAAGAAGUACCAAUGACCCAUAAAAAAAAUCUCACUGGUAAAAGAGAUGGACAUGAUCCAGGACAUGCAGAAAAUAAGCCUGUUCAAAAUCAGCUUAGAUUAAGCUUUCAGUCACAUCUGGCUGAACUGCAGAAAUUCCAAACUGAAGGGAAAAUUUAUGAAUGUAAUCAAAUUGAGAAGACAAUUAACAGUGGUUCCUCAGUUUCAUCACUUCAAGGAGUUCUUCCUAGUGUCCGAACCAACAUUUCUAGUAAAGAUGGGAAUGAUUUUAUUCAUCCUUCAUUACUCACACAAAACCAGAAAACACACAUUAGGGAAAAACCUUACAAAUGUAACGAGUGUGGCAAAGCCUUUCAUUGGAACUCUCUACUCACUAUACAUCAGAUGAUCCAUACAGGAGGGAAACCAUACCAGUGUGAUAUAUGUGGCAAGGUCUUCAGUCAUAAUUCAAAUCUUGUAAAUCACAGAAGAAUUCAUACUGGAGAAAAACCAUACAAAUGUAAAGAAUGUGGCAAGUCCUUUAUUCAAAGUUCCAACCUUGCAAUUCAUCAGAGAAUUCAUACUGGAGAGAAACCUUACAGAUGUAAUGAGUGUGGCAAAGCCUUUAAACGGGGCUCAUGCCUCACUACACAUCAGAUAAUCCAUACAGGAAAGAAACCACAUAAAUGCGAUGUAUGUGGCAAGGUCUUCAGUCAAACUUCACAUCUCGCAAAGCACCGGAGAAUUCAUACUGGAGAGAAACCAUACAGAUGUAAUGAAUGUGGCAAGGUCUUCAGUCAAAAUUCACAUCUUGCAAGGCAUCGCAGAAUUCAUACUGGAGAGAAACCUUACAAAUGUAAUGAGUGUGGCAAAACCUUUAAUCUGGUGUCAUUACUCACUAGACAUCAGAUAAUUCAUACCAGAGAGAAACGUUACCAAUGUAAUGAAUGUGGCAAGGUCUUCAGUCACAACUCCUCCCUAGCACGUCAUCGGGGAAUUCAUACUGGAGAGAAACCUUACAAAUGUAGUGAGUGUGGCAAAGCUUUUAAUUGGUGGUCACUCCUCACUAGACAUCAGAUAAUCCAUGUCAGAGAGAAACCAUAUAAAUGUGAUGUAUGUGGCAAAGUGUUCAGUGAAAGUUCACGCCUUGAAAGACAUCUGAGAAUUCAUACUGGGGAGAAACCUUACAAAUGUAAUGAGUGUGGCAAGGUCUUCAGCUACAGUGCAAACCUUUCGAUUCAUAGAAGAAUCCAUACUGGAGAGAAACCUUUCAAAUGUAAUGAAUGUGGCAAGGUCUUCAGUUACUACUCUUGCCUAGCACGUCAUCGGAGAAUUCAUACUGGAGAGAAACCUUACAAAUGUAAUGAUUGUGGCAAAGCUUAUAGUGAGCGUUCAAGCCUUACUAAACAUCAGGUAAUCCAUACUGAAGAGAAAUCUUACAAUUGCAAUGAAUUUGGCAAGGUUUUUAUCCCAAGUUCAAAGCUUGUAAGAUAUCACAGAAAUUUUACUGGGGAGAAACCACACAAAUGUAGUGAAUGUGGUAAAACUUUUAUUCAUAGGGCCAGCCUGGUGUACCAUCAGAGAAGACAUACUGGAGAAAUGCCAUACAAAUGUAUAGAAUGUGGUAAGGUUUUCAAUUCCACUUCAAAUCUUGCAAGUCAUCGGAGAAUUCAUACUGGAGAGAAACCUUACAAAUGUAAUGAAUGUGGCAAGGUAUUCCGUCAUCGCUCACCCCUAGCACGUCACCGGAGUAUUCAUACUGGAGAGAAACCUUACAAAUGUAAUGAAUGUGGCAAAGCCUUUAGAGUGCGUUCAAUCCUUGUUAAUCAUCAGGUAAUGCAUACUGGAGAGAAACCUUAUAAGUGUAAUGAAUGUGGUAAAACUUUUAUCCAAAGGUCAAAGCUGGUAUACCAUCAGAGGAAUCAUACUGGAGAGAAGCCAUACAAAUGUACUGAAUGUGGAAAGGCCUUUGGACAGUGGUCCUACCUCAAUAAACAUAAAAGAAUUCAUUCUGGAGAGAAACCUUAUAAAUGUAACAAGUGUGGCAAAUCCUUUAUUAGCCACUCAGGCCUCACCAAACAUCAGAUAAAACAUACCAGAGAGAACCUUCCAAAUACACUGAAUGUCACAAGGCCUUUAGACAUUGUCCUAACUUCUGGGUUCAUCAAAUAAUUCAAACUUAAUAUACAGUAUAUAUAGCUUAGUGUUCACUACUUACUAAACAUAAGAAUAUAUAUCUUGGAAAGAAACCACAGAAAUGUAUAUGUAGCAAGAAUUCUACCUGAGGUCAAAACUUGUGGAUCUACAGAGAAUUCAGAGUUUUACAGAUGAAAUUGAAUGUGGCAAAGCUAUUAGCUGUGUUCAAUCAUUACUUGACAUAGGGAGUUCAUAGUGAAGAGAUAUCAUAUAAAUGUGGUGGAGGCUUUCCCCAGGCAUCAAGACUCAGUAGACAUCAGAAUAUACAUCUUUGAAAGAAACCACACAAAUGUAAUGUGCAUGCUAAGGCUCUUACCCAAAGAUCAAAACUGAAACAUCAAGAGUAUUUAUAAAUCAUGCAGGAUGUCUGGUCUUGGGAAAAAAGAGUAUUUAUAUUGGAGAGAAUCCUUACAAAUGUAAUGAAUAUGGUAACAUUUUAAACCAAUUCUUACAACAGAUGACAUAUCAGAGAAAUUGUACUGGAAAUAACUAAGUCUAUUUUGGCAAGAUUGACUUGAAAUAUUACAUACUGCAGAACAACUAUUAAUACAAGUCAAAAUAUGUUAAAACUUAUGAUAUUAUCUAAAUCAGAGGAGCAAGAGCAUGUGUGGAAAUGACCGGUUAUCCUGUUUAUAUUAAUAAAAUACAGUAUUCAAUUUGAGGUUUCUUACAAAGCCUACUUUCCUAUUUAUGACUUUCACCCUAAAGGUUGAAGUCUAUUGAUAUUAUACCUCUUUACGCACCUUUCGUUGUGAUCUCUGGGAAUGAAUCAGUAAGAUAAGAGGACCUACUUCAUUAGGUGUGGUUCCUUCAUGUCCAUGUUACCCUGGAACAUUGAGGACACUGAAUUUUAAAAUUCAAUAUUGUGAAUUAAACAGCAUCGGGUAUGGAUGAGAAUGUAAAUUUAUGAUGAAGUCAUCAUACCUAUUGUGUUCAGGGUGUCCUUUUCCAGAUAGAGGGCUACUUUGGGUUAUGGAAAACAAUUGCUCAACAAAUUAACCAUGAAAGAACAGGUGAGGACAUUUCUAGAUGAGGAUUUUUCAUGGGAGGAGAGUGACAGGUUAUAAGCGAUAUUAUGUGGUAAAAAUAAUGUAGGGCAAAUGGUGACCACUUCCAUUGAAUGCCAACUGUUAUAUAUCAAAGAUAAAUUAAAAAUAUUAUUGAAAAGAGCAGUUAUCAGAGAGGAGAGUUUAAUCCAGAGAACCAGAAUGGCAUAUUCACAAGUGGGUUUCACAUUCAACCACCGGCUUUAUAUUUUAGUACUGUUUUAUUCAGAAUGUAUCUAGGGUAUCAUGGCUUAAUAAAAUAUAGUCAUUCAGUCUCAUCCCCUCUACCAACACAGUUUAAUCCCAUCUCAGUGUAGGGUACCAUUCGACUCUGACAGUUUUUUUUUUUCCAUGGUGGAAUCAGAAUCAAACAUAAAUUUUUGUGAAUACAGUAGUAUUCACCUCCCUAACUCAUCUACAGAGGGGUAUGUUCCAAGCCCUCCCCACCCCCUGGUAGGUGUCUGAAACUGAGGGACUGCUGAACUAUAUACAGUUUCGGUAAAUUUUUGAGGUGUGAUAGCAAAACUAGUACAAAUCUCCUUUUCUUCCCAUUUUCACGGAUAGAAGACU